UCUCUCUCUCUCUCCUCUCUCAUCUCUUCGUAGCGUCUCAUCAUCCUCUCUCUCCCUCUUCAUCGCGCUAAAACCCUAAUUUCCAAUCGAAACCCCCAAUUUCUCCACUCUCUAGCCAUGGUCGAGCGACGACGGAGGCCUCUGAUCCUCGCCUCCACCCGCGCCAUCCUCGACUCCGUCCUCAACUCCGCCAAAUCCCUCGGCGCCGCGGAGGGCGACGGCGUUCUCCGCCCUCGUAGGUCUCGCUUCGCCGACGAAGAUGGGGGCUCCGCCUCCGCCUCGCUCUGGCUCAAGGCCGGGAUCCUCCGCUUCGUCCCCGAAGGGGGCGGCGCAGAUGAGGAGUUUAACGAGUUGUCGUCCUUCGUAGGAGUCUCCGCCGACGUUCUCAGGAGCCUGGCGAUUACUUCUGGGUCUGCGGUUCUCAUAAAAAAUCCUGAGACCAAUGUUGGGAGGAUUGUUAAAGCCAUAGUUCUCAAUCGUCCAGUUCUAUCUGAGACUCAGAGAGAAGAGACUCAGUUUGCAAUCUCAACUUCAUUUUCUCGUAACCUAAUGAGUGUCUUGCCUUGUUGCAUAUAUCCAGCACCAACCAAUUUUCCCUUGAAUGAGGUGGUUGCUUAUGUUAGCCCACUUUUGGCCUUUAAUCUCGGAUUGCAUGUCUCUUGCCUUAAGCUUCUUCUUCGUAGGGGAGAAGAAUCGUUCAACUACUUGUCUCAAGUCGAAAGGCAUGAAACAGAAGAGUGUGGAAUAAGUGAUUCUUAUGCACAUGUAGAGCUUGCUCCUUGGCCUGACUUACCUAAAUACGCUUCCCACAUACGAGUUUCUUUUGUAAAAGUUCCUGAAUGUGGUAUCCUCUCUUCUCUUAGGGGAAAUUCUACUACCGAAGCGAGUGACCAUCAAGAUAUGAUAGAUUUUGCUUUGAAUGAGUACUUCAAAGUUGAUAGAUUUCUGGCUAGAGGCGAUGUCUUUUCUGUUCGUAGAAAUUGGAAUUGCAGUUCAGAGUUGUGUCUAGUUUGCAAUGAAAAGAAUGCCAAUGGGCUUUCCAGUAACAUAAUCUACUUCAAGGUAACUGCUAUUGAGCCAGCAGAUGAACCCAUUCUUCGGGUUAACCGUAAUCAAACGGCACUUGUUCUUGGUGGAGGUGCAGCUUCUGCAAUCCCAUCUUAUAACUUUGUUAGCAAUUCCAAUGAACCGAUGCCCUUGCAAGGAGACACAGUGAAGCUUUUGGCAUCUAUUCUUGCACCCGUAUUAUGCCCUUCAAGCCUAUCAUCGAAAUUCAGGGUUUCUGUUUUAUUAUAUGGUCCCUCAGGGUGUGGUAAACGAACUGUUGUUAGAUCUGUUGCGCAUCAUCUUGGGUUGCAUGUUGUGGAAUAUAGCUGUCAUGACUUAAUGGAAUCCUCAGAGAGAAGGCUAUCUGCUGUACUGUCGAAUACAUUCAAAGCUACUCAAAGGUACUCGCCUUGUAUACUUCUGCUUCGCCACUUUGAUGUGUUUGCAAAUCUCUCUUCUAAUGAAGGUUCACCAUCUGAUCAAGCGGGCAUAACAUCAGAAGUUGCAUCAGUUAUUAGAGAGUUCUCCAACCCACUGCCUGAAGAUGAGGAAUCCUAUCCGGCAAAAGAUGCAAAUGGUGGCCUAUAUUUUGUUGAAGCUGAAAGAGUAAGCAGGCACCGAGUGAUACUAAUUGCAGCGGCAGAUAGUUCUGAAGGUCUGCAACCACCUAUUCGUCGCUGCUUCAGCCAUGAGGUUAGCAUGACUUCUUUAAGUGAAGAGCAGCGGAGCAGUAUGAUAUCCGAGACGCUUCGUGGCUUCUCCAAGGUCUCUGAUGAGAGUAUUAAUGAUGAGUUUAUAAAAGAUGUUAUUGCACAAACAUCGGGUUUCAUGCCGAGGGAUAUACUUGCCUUGGUUGCUGAUGCCGGGGCAUCAUUUGUACAAAGAGUUCUUAUUCAGGGUGAUAUAGUUAAAAAAAGAGAAAGUCGUGAGAUUAGUAGUACAAGCUCUAUGGCCAUUGAAGAUAACAAUGGUGUUGAUACGUAUGAAACCAAGCACUUAGGAAUGGAAGAUUUUUCAAGAGCUUUGGAACGAUCAAAGAAAAGAAAUGCUUCUGCACUCGGUACCCCAAAAGUGCCUAAUGUGAAAUGGGAAGAUGUCGGUGGACUCGAAGAAGUGAAGAAAUCGAUUUUGGAUACAGUUCAGUUGCCUCUCAUGCACAAGCAUUUAUUUUCAUCUGGAUUGCGCAAGCGAUCAGGCGUUUUGCUUUAUGGACCACCAGGGACAGGGAAGACACUCUUGGCAAAAGCUGUUGCAACUGAGUGCUCGUUAAAUUUUUUGAGUGUGAAAGGACCCGAAUUGAUUAAUAUGUACAUCGGAGAAUCGGAAAAGAACGUCAGAGACAUUUUCCAGAAGGCCAGGUCAGCGCGUCCUUGUGUUAUUUUCUUUGAUGAGCUGGAUUCCCUUGCUCCGGCUAGAGGAGCUUCUGGAGAUUCAGGUGGAGUCAUGGACAGAGUGGUUUCUCAGAUGCUUGCAGAGAUCGAUGGUUUAAAUGAAUCCAGUCAGGAUCUAUUUAUUAUAGGAGCAAGCAAUAGACCUGACCUUAUCGACCCUGCUCUCCUUCGACCAGGCCGAUUUGACAAGCUUCUUUAUGUGGGAGUGAACUCCGAUGCAUCCUAUCGGGAGAGGGUUCUCAAAGCACUUACCAGGAAAUUUCAGCUGCACGAAGAUGUAUCACUACUCUCAGUAGCUAAGAAGUGUCCUCCAAAUUUCACUGGUGCGGAUAUGUAUGCAUUAUGUGCAGAUGCUUGGUUUCAUGCUGCAAAACGCAAGGUUUCAAAUCAUUCCGCAGAUUCUCCAAACUCUGAAGAAAAAAGCAAUUCAGUUGUCGUUGAAUUUGAUGAUUUUGUGAAGGUGUUAGGAGAAAUCUCGCCAUCUCUGUCUAUGGCGGAGCUAGCAAAAUACGAACGGCUGAGGGAAAAAUUUGAAGGACCUGCUAAAUGAGGCCAGAUUUACUUCAUCCAUUGUUUGCAGAGGUAAUCAAAUCUCUCCUCCUCAAAUUUUGGAUGAUUAAAUUCUUGCAGCUCAUUCCACCAAAGUUGGUAGUAUGACUUAGAUGUUCCUGCUGAUCAACUUAUUUCUAGAAAGAGAGGGAACUUCUGGAAGAGCCACGUGCUCUCUGAUGUCGAACUAUCUAUGUUGAGGUUCGUCUUAUUUUUAUACUUCAAUACAUAAAGAUUCGCUUUCCAAGAGAAAUUUGCCUUAAUUGGAAUUUGCUCGAUUGCACUACGUAUGAAUAAUUGCUGUUUCAAUGUUCGGCAUUGUCGCACUAUGAACAUGCUGUGCUUAAUUUCAUAGCCUUCAAUUAGCCUAGCAACACAAAAUUCAUCCCAAAUAGGUUAUUUAAUGAUACUCAAUUCAUCGCUCAACUUUAGUUCAGAGAUUGUAGUAGCCAAAACUCUUAGUAAUGAGGAAAUUCACAGAUAUUGAGAGAUGAACUUGUUAGUUCUUGUAAUUAUCUAUUUCCUGAUUAUUUUAUUUUAUUUUUUGAGUGGCAAUUGAAACCUGUCAUAACAUGUGUCAAAUAAUGCAACUUCACCUUCUUUUCCUUUUAAA